CCGGCCAUGUAGAUGUAUGGCGGUCGUGGUAGAGCGCGGUGACAUCGCUGUGGCACACGACUUUUGUUACACAAGUAACGUUUCUAGCCAUUUUUGUGUUAUUCUGUUGACGUGUUGUAAAUCUAGAAUAACUAAAAAUGUUGGAGAACGAAACAAAAGACGUUGAAAGCCAGAAAGUUAAAGAAGACCCAUUGACGAAAGCAAUCGGAUCCAUUGGAAAAUGGCAGAUAUGGAUAUGUUUCGUCGUGUUCCUCGUUAAGUUCCCCGUGGCUUGGCACCAGAUGAGCAUUAUAUUCCUCGCACCACCAGUGAAUUUCACUUGCGCAGAUCACGCUACUGAAGCCUUCGAUAAUCAGUGUUAUGCCAACUGCAGCAGUUACAAAUAUGACCACAGCAUCUUCAAAGAAACAAUCGUAUCGCAAUGGGAUCUAGUAUGCGACCGACAGUGGCUGAAAAAUUUAACUCAAACAGUCUUCAUGCUGGGCAUUCUUGUAGGCAACAUGGUAUUCGGACAUCUCUCUGAUAGAUACGGAAGGCGAAUGCCGUUUUUGGCAGCCGUGUUCCUGCAACUUAUAUCAGGAGUAACAACAGCAUAUUCGGUGAAUUGGUACAUGUUCACCACUCUUCGAUUUCUUCUUGCUGUUGCCACUGGAGGCACAAUGGUUACCAGCUUCGUCCUUACUAUGGAACUUAUUGGUGCUAAAUACAGAGAAAGUGUAGGAAUUAUUUACCAAAUUCCCUUUAACCUUGGACAUCUAACUUUACCAGUCUUCGGCUAUUACCUCCGCGAUUGGAACAUGUUCCAGCUAGCAAUAUCACUACCGUCAGUGUUAUUUUUGAGCUACUACUAUUUAUUACCUGAAUCUCCGAGGUGGUUGUUAACAGCAGGGAAAACGCAAGAAGCUAUCAAAAUUAUGGAAACCGCUGCUAAACGGAACGGCCUCUCUACGGAUGGACUUGCGUCAUUUACCCAGAAGAUAGUAGUGGACGUGGGCAGUAAGACUGAAGAACACGCUUCAUUCAUAGCUCUAUUCCGGACGCCCCGACUGCGCGCACGCACCCUAGCCAUCUGUUUCAACUGGUUCGUGUGUGGGCUCUGCUUCUUCGGUGUCUCCCAGUACAUUGGACACGUUUCUGGAAACAUUUUUACAAAUGUCGCAAUUUCUGCUGCAAUUCAGGUCCCCGGCACCCUCAUAUCAAUCUAUGCGAACCGAGUUCUCGGCCGCAAGAUAACUCUAAUCAGUUCCAAUUGCGUAACCGGCUUUAGUUGCCUGCUUAUAAUCGUCAUUCCUCAUUCCGGAGUCAGUCACUUGACACUCGGUUGCAUUGGAUUAUGGGGAAUGAGCAUAUCGUUUGCCACCGUUUACUUAUACGCAGGAGAACUCUUCCCCACAAUUGUGAGAAACUCUGGUGUAGGACUAUCGUCAACUGUAGCCAGAAUAGGGUCUAUGGUAGCACCCUUUGUCGCGACUCUUGGUCAAUCUACACCUUGGCUGCCGCCUCUUGCUUUUGGUAUAAUUCCUUUGGUUGGCGCUGGGCUCUGCAUAAUUCUUCCUGACACUCGUGGAAAGAAACUACCUGACACUCUAGAAGAAGGAGAAGCGUGAAUCCUAAUCUGAUCUCGUGAUAAGCUAACUGAGUUUAUUAUCAAAUUAAGUAUUCAAUGUGCCUUGUGUGAAUUUAAAACAAGUGAAGGUGUGAGUUGGGAUUUGAGUAUAAGUUGGUAUGAUGGAUUAUUUAUGGAUGAAGUACUUUUAUUAUGAGAUUAUUCUGAAUUAUGUUUAAUUUAAAAAAAAAUAUUAUUGCCAUCAGAGUAUGACAAAACUAUCCAUAUACGUGUAAGUACAUAGAUUUAGGCUGUGAUAAUUAAGUUUUCAUUACGCGUAAGAGUGACACUUACUUUUCUGUUUCAAUUUUAUUGGUUGCCAGUAAACGGGUCAUAUAAUUAUUAAACCAUUUGUAUAGUUUAAUUAUAUACAUCAUUCUUUAAAAUUGACUUUCUACUAAUG